UCCGUAAUUAGUAUUACGGUUGUAACUAUUAAGACAGUAAAUCAAAAACAGAACUUAAAGAAAUACGAAAGGUUUUCCAAAACCACUCUAAAAUUAACAGCGAACCUUCACAUUCACAUACUUUAUCUAUAUGUUAAUUCUCUACUUAUUACCCAAAUUCCCUGUGAAGCUGUAAAAUAGUUAUAAAAAAAAAAAAACUUAGAAUCAUGAGAAGUAGUCGGCUCAUGAAGAUUCAGAAAACGGAAGCUCCUACAAAUUGUGACCCAAAAAUUCAGUUUGCUUCAGAGGACAAUAAACCAUAUUUCUUCAAGAUUAUUGUUUCUCCAUUCACUCAAAAACUUAAUCUUAGGAUCCCAGUGGAGUUUGUGAAGAAAUAUGGAAGACAUCUAUCUGAUAUCAUAUACCUAAGUGUACCAAAUUCUGAACAACCAUGGAAAGUCCAAUUAGAGAGAACUGAUAACAAUGAUAUGUUCCUGGGAAAAGGUUGGCAAGAUUUAAUGGAAUUCUAUAACAUGAUGUUCGGCCAUUUCUUAUUAUUCAGGUUUGAUGGUGGCUCACAAUCACAAUUUCACGUCAUUAUAUUCGACAAAAGUGCUACAGAGAUAGACUAUCCUAUGAGAAAAGUCUCUUGUGCUAUGAAGAGAAAAUAUGAUCUCAAGAAUAAGGUUGUAGAAGAAGAGAGUGAGGAAGAUGACAUCUCCAUUGAAAUAUUGGAUGAAUUCUCGCCAAAGCUUAAACAAGUUAAGACUACUGUCAGUCUAGAUUCCUCAGCAAUUGAUGAUGUAGAAUGUUCAAGCUACAAAAGCAAAGGGAAUGAUAAAAUCUCUGUUGAUAUGAGACAAAAGAAACUUAAGAGAAAGCUUGAUGCAUUUGUAUCUUCAUAUCCUCAUUUCAAAUCUAUCAUGUAUCCCUCACAUGUGACUUACAAAUACAAGCUGGCUGUGCCAUCAAGCCAUGCUUCAAUAUAUUUUUCAAGUAAAUGUAAGGAGAUAAUCUUGAAUGGGCCAAAUGGGAAGAGUUAUUCUGUCAGAGUUUAUGUUGGGAAGAAGAUUACAGAGCUUCUGAAUGGCUGGAAAAGUUUUGUGUUGGAUAAUGAUUUGCAGGUAGGAGAUGCAUGCAUUUUUGAGCUCAUAAACAAAAACAGUCGGUCCAAAAAUGCUUAUAAAGUUUCCAUAUUUCGCAUUUCUAGCUAACGAGCUAGCUAGUCAGGCACUGAGGCAUGCGCAAGUUUUGACCAUGUCAUAAAUCGAGUUGUCAAAAAUGGUAAAAUUUUGUUUGUAUAGUAACAGUGAUGUGUGAAAGUUGUCUGGAUCAAAAACUAAGCAAAGGUGGCGUGAGAUGUAUGAAACUAUGAAAGUAAAGAAAGAGGGAGGAGAUUUUGAACUUUUCCACUAUAGGAUGUACUCAGUUUUUCUUUUAUGGAAACUUUUGGUACUUUUUUU